CUUUCUGUCUCUUCGGUGCUGGUCUUUGCCUCGAGAAGGAGAAUGCCUGACGCGCCGCACCCCGUCGAUUUCCUGGUCUACGGGGCCAACGGCUUCCUAGGAAGUCACUUCGUUCGAACUUUGAGCGCCGACGGCCGCUCCACCUUCGCCGCCCCCUCUUCUGAUAUCUUGGACAGGAGCGCCGUGUCCAGGGAUCUGGAUGCCUACCGACCGAGGUGGGUCUUCUGCGCGGCAGGCCUCUCCGGCAAUCCGAACAUAGACUGGUUCGAGACGCACCGACAAGAGGGCGUCAGGAUCAACGUGCUGGCCACUCUCAACGUGGUCGACCUGUGCCACAUGAGAAACGUCCACGUCACGAUUUUGGGAAGCGGCCUGGUUUACCAGUACGACGAGAGGCACCCGCUGGGCAGCGGCGCUGGAUUCAAGGAGACGGAGCCCCCGAACGUUCAAGACGGUACAUACAUCAAAUUGCGUAUUCUUUUGGAGCAGUUGCUCGAAAUGUACACGAAUGUUUUGCAUGUGAGGAUAUGCUACCCCAUUUCGUCGGCGCCGCACGCCAAAAACCUGCUUUCGAAGCUUUUGCGGUUCAAGGAAAUUGUCUCGGUUCCGACGUCCGUGACGGUGAUCGACGAGCUUUGGCCGAUCUUGCUGGACAUGUGCAGGCGGAACCUGGUCGGGAAUUUCAACUUCGCGAACCCGGGCGUCAUCGAGAACCGGGAGAUUUUGGAGCUGUACAAGGAGCACGUGGACCCCCGCAUCGAAUGGCGGUGCGCGAGUUCUGGACCGAACGGGGGCGUUGCGAGGAGGCCGUUUGCGGAGUUGGACGUCUCAAAGCUGCUCUCAGAGGUCGGGGGGGAGGGAAUUAGUCAAGUGAAAGAGGGGGUCAAGAAGGUGAUGAAAAGCAUCCGCCGGCCGUUUCUAGAGUCGGACUGA